UUUAUUGCAACCUUGUCUCCCGCGAAAUUCAUACCGCCGCUACGUAGAAGAAGAAGAAGCACCUCAGCUACCUAUGAAGCGGCAGCAUUUAGUUCUGCUGGAAAGUGAUGUGCUUGGAAAGAUUUUUUGAAGAGUUGUGAAAAUAAAGCUAAAGAGUAUAUAUUUACCAUCAGUUGUGAAGGUUUUAAAUGUUAAUUGACUAGAAAUAUUUAAGAAAUAUAACAAUAAUGGCUGCAGUUGGCGAGUUAAGCACAGGUGACAAUGUUUCUGAGGCUGAGGUAAAGCCACCGCCAGCGAAAACCACGAGUCUUGCUAGUGAUUUGCGACAAUUUCGUCUAAACAAAUCGGCAAAUCCUUCAAUCAAUAGGACAGAACGUGUGCCAGGUAAAAAACGAAUACAGGUAAUGGCGGAUAGCGACAGCGAAGGUGCAGCUGACGUUCAUACACCUAAAAAAGUAAAAUUGGAGUUAUCUGUGAAGGAAAAGGAAGACAGAUACUUAGCGGCUGUGAAAAUAGCACCGGACUACGAUGCUAUGGAUAUUCAAGAUGCGCUUGUGCGUAACGGCUGGAACGUUUCCGAAGCAUUGCGUUAUUUAAAAGAAAAUUUCAAGCCAAAACCAAAUGCAUACGCAAAGAAAAUAGCUCAAACGAAUAAUGCCCGCAGCAAUAGCAAACCAUCCCAAAAUGGCAGCUCUUCUCGUUCUAAAGCGCAACACUAUUCAGAUUGUGAUGACUCGGAUGAUGAUAUACGUGCAUCCACCGAUCAAGUAUACGAUAGUGAAGAAAGUGAUACAGAAAGUUCAAACGUAAUGACAGGGCAAAGGAAGAAAGUGUUUGAUUUUAUGAACAAAGCCACGCUUAUUGAGCUACAGACGGUAAAAUCGUUGUCCGAAAAGAAAGCAAGUCUUAUUGUGGAUUUACGUCCAUUCAAAGAUUGGAAGGAUCUUUUGAAAAAGUUAGAAUCCAAUAAGGCACUUUCAGCAGAUCUCCUAAAUAUGGCACAGGAAUUGAUUAACAAACAAAACAAUGUGGCUAAUAUAUUAGAAAAAUGUAACAAAAUGGUUAAGCGUUUAGAGGCUGCAAUUGAAACUGGUGCGGGCAUAGUGGAACAGCCGAAAAUACUUAAUGACGAAAUGAAAUUAGCGGAUUACCAAAUGAUUGGUCUCAACUGGUUGACUGUGAUGCAUAAUCAAAAGAUGAACGGCAUACUCGCUGAUGAAAUGGGUUUAGGAAAAACUAUACAGAUUAUAGCGUUUCUGGCUUAUCUUAAAGAAAACAAUUUAGCCAAAGGGGCACACUUAGUUGUAGUGCCAUCUUCCACGCUCGAUAAUUGGGAGGCUGAGAUAACUAAAUGGUGUCCCAGUUUAGUCGUUGAAAAAUAUCAUGGCUCACAAGACGAACGAAGGCGCAUGCGUGUGCGUUACGCCAAAGAUGGAUUCACCGGUUUUGACGUAUUACUGACAACUUAUCACAUAGUCAGUUCAACACCAGAGGAAUGCAAAAUGUUUCGCGUAUGCAAACUGCAUUAUGUGAUUUUUGAUGAGGCGCACAUGCUGAAAAACAUGACAACGCAACGUUAUGCGAAUUUAAUAAAAAUAAAUGCUGAUAUGCGUAUUUUACUUACUGGCACACCAUUGCAAAAUAAUUUACUGGAAUUAAUGUCACUACUUUGCUUUGUGAUGCCGUCGUUCUUCGCGAAAAGCAUUGAGGAUAUAAAGAGUCUUUUCGCCAAGAAAGGCAAAGCGGAGAACGCGAAUAAAGAUGCCUCACAGUUCCAGGAAACGCAGGUGGAGCGUGCUAAACGUAUUAUGAAGCCUUUUGUCUUGCGGCGUCUUAAAAAGGACGUGCUUAAUAAUUUGCCUAAAAAAGAGUCUUUCAUUGUUAAAGUUCCAUUGACUGAAACACAAAAACAGCACUACCACGAAUUGGUUGACUAUUAUUCAGACAGGAAAGGUGAAAUUUGUAGUGGCGAUCGCGCAGGUUCUACAAUAAUGAUGGAAAUGCGUAAAGCUGCUAAUCAUCCGCUUUUAAUGCGUUACUAUUUUAGUGACGAAACCCUGCAUGAUCUGUCCGAACGUUUAGCCUGCGCACCGUCUCUGAAGAAAACCAAUCCACAAUAUAUAUUCGAGGAGUUGGCUGUAAUGUCAGAUUUCCAAGUGAUGCAACUUUGUAAUAAGCAUGACCUCUAUGAUGUUACCAUACCGCCAAGUUUAAUUUGUAAUUCUGGCAAAUUUCAACAUCUUGACACACUGUUGCCAAAAUUGAAGAAGGAGGGUCAUCGCGUCCUAAUUUUCAGUCAGUUCACAAUGAUAUUGGAUAUUAUGGAACGUUACUUGAAGAUACGGAAGCAUGGCUUCUUCCGUCUUGAUGGUUCCACUGCUGUCGACGAACGUCAAGACAUGAUCAACGACUUCAAUGCCGACUCAGAUAUAUUUAUUUUCUUACUUUCCACUAAAGCUGGUGGCGUAGGCAUUAAUCUGACGGCAGCUGACACAUGCAUCAUACAUGACAUCGAUUUCAAUCCGUACAACGACAAACAAGCUGAGGAUCGUUGUCAUCGCAUGGGACAGACACGUCCGGUCACCAUAUAUCGACUGAUCGCUGAGAGCACAAUUGAAGAGGGUAUGCAGAUGGUAGCUGAAGAGAAACUGAAAUUGGAAAAGGAGAUCACCGCAAACGAAAAGGGUGAAGUGCAGGAACAAAAAUGCGUUGUAAGGCUACUCACCAUGGCGCUGGGUCUGGAUAAAGACGAGGAAGAACGUUUAAACAACUCAAUGAAUAGCUCAUUGACCUCACAGUAGAGUGGUGAGCAAUUUAAUUCCAUAUAAAGGAUGUAAGCAGUAAAGAAGCAUAAGAGUAUGUAAAGUUUGGUGGUCAUUUAUUGUAAUUUUUUAAAGUUUAAUUGUUCGAAUUGUAUUUGUAUAUGUUGCGCGCAACAAUGAAUCACAUUCCUAAAACAAUACCGAAUACACACAUUUGCAACGAGUUGUAACAUUUUAAUCCAAAUUUGUGUAAUGCAUUUAAAUGCGAUGUUAAAGCGUAAAGUUCCACAUUUCACAUGCAAGAAUUAUGUUUCUUUUAGUCGUCUUAUCAGCGUUAUGGCUGGGGAGAUGUAAGAAAUAAUAAUUAUUGUUAUGGACAUGUUCAAUCAAUAUGCAUAUUAAAUCGCUUAUUGCAACUAAAUUUGCACUCAUAUGAUUUCAGCAUAAAAACUUUCAGAUAUUUAUUUACAUUAUUUAGUUAUGGGUUGAAUGUAAAAUUCAUAAUAAUACAUAUUAAUACGGAAUUUCAUAUGUUCGUUGCAACAGCAUUUGUCGAGCAAUUUGUGCUAAGAUAAAAGAAAAGUAAUAAAAGGAAAGUAUGACAUCUAAACAUAAAGGCUUAAAUUAUUAUAUAUAUUAAAAAAGUAAUUUUUUAAAAAAGAAAUAAAAGUUGGACACAAAUAGUCGACUCCACAUAUUGUUUUAUUAUUUCCUUAAACUCGCAUAGUCUACAUUAAAGAGGAAAAAUCAUUUAGAAAUAAAACUAACUAAAAUCUGCAGAAAUUUAAUUUAUACUGUUAAAUACUGAAAUAUAAAGGUAGAAUGAGUAAUUAAUAAUAAUUAUUUUAAAGAAGCCUCUCUUCGAACUUCGAAUGCAAAUUUUACGAUUUAUUACUUAUGACUCAAUCUGCCGGAAAAUGUUAGUUUAGUUCAAUAAUCAACCUGUACAGUGCUAUAAUGGACGUUUUCCUUAGAAUUUGAAUUUGCUUAAAAUGCGGUUUUAAUACUCUUGGAAUUUAUUAUUUUGUUUUUAUACUCUCGCAAAGAGAGAGAGGUUUUUUUUAUCAUCUAAACCUAAACGAGUUAGAUAUGGAGUUAUAUAUGGGCAUUUCCGCCAAAAGGUCCACCACAGACAAAAUAUUAGAAAUUAUUAUAAUUACAAAGUUUUUGCAUAAUUUUAUAGGAACAUAUUUAAAUUUAUCUAAAUUAAAUAAAUUUUAAAUUUCUUCAUUAUCCAUUUCUAGAUAUAAGAGAGGCCAAGUCAAACAGGAACUACUUUUCUCAUUUCGAUAUUUCUACUGCAUUAACUUUUGUUCUGUGUAAAACCUUUAUAAGGGUAUAAAGGGCAAAAUCAUCAUGCUAUGUUAUUUUGUCUUCAAGAAGCUGCUCAUUUGUCGGAACUGCCGAUAUCGGACCACUAUAUCAUAUAGCUGCCAUACAAACUGAACGAUCGGAAUCAAUGGCUUGUAUGGAAAACUUCCGCAUUUUACUACAUAUCUUCACGAAAUUUGGUGUGAGUUAUUGUUCAUGGAAAUAAACACAUAGUCACUAAAAGAAAUGCACCCGUGAAGGGUAUAUUAGCGUCGGUACAGCCGAAGUUAACGUUUUUUCUUGUUUCAACAUAUUUUUGAAAUGUGAUUUUAUUAAUAAAUGUGGUCAUUAUUUAAAAUAUAAUACUUAUAUUGUUACAAUAAAAUUGACCUUAAGAUUAAAAACCGCUAAAUUUUGUUCCCAAAUUCAAAACUGAAAUAUACUAACUAUUCCGAUCAGAACAGGUUCACAAAAACAAUAUUAGUUUUUUUUUUCAAUCGUCAGUGAGCACUGCUAUUGUUAUGAACACAAGUGUAACCUGUUGUGAAGGAGAAUUUAUAAUAAAAAUUUGGUAUUUAAUUAUGAGUGUACUAUGAGUGUGCUAUACGUAUGUAUGUGUGUGUAAACGCACUGUUUAAAUAAUCAGGUGGCGCGCGCUAAGAACGUAAAGUGCUUUGGUUAAAACAAAGCUUGGGCGCGUCAAUAUCUUACGCUCAUACACAUGCUCUUGCACAUACAUGCAUCUACAUAUACGAAUACAUAUAUAUGACUCUAUCAAAGCAUAUACAUACAUAUGUGUGUGCAAUUGUGGUUUCUUGACUCAUUUGGCUAUGGCAAAUCGCUUAUUAGUACAUACAUAUGGAAUAAUUGCUGCCUGCCAUUCAUGGCUCACCAAGGCGGUGACGGCAGUGUAGCGCUUAUGUCAUUGUUAGCGGCGAACAGUGCGCGAUCGCAUGCGUUCGCGCGAUCUUCAUAUCAACUCUCGUGAGAAACCACGAAUAGCGGUGUAUGUAUUCGUGCACCGCCAGCCGCAGCAAUGAAAAGCGCAAAGGGAUAUGGAAAGAGAUUGCGCUUUGAAAACGGAAACUCUCAAUUGGCAGUCACUGCGGUGCUGAGCGAAAAUUCUACCGUCAGUCUUUCUCUGAUCGCCCCGAUGAUUUAAUUUAAGCUACAACUUAACGCACUGUUUGUUCUGUAAUUCCCACGCGAAGUGAAUUUUCAAUUCUAGUGCAGUGCUAAUUAUAUAUAUUUAUUAUAGAAAAUAGAAAUAUUACAAACGAGUUUGAAGUCAACGUAGAAUAACGCCAGCAACGAGUUAACGAAAAAUAAAUUAAUUACUGCAAAAAUAUACUAAAUAACCAAUACGAAGCAAUAAUAACAAGUAUAGAAAGGAAAGAAAAAUAUAACGUCAGUGACGAAUAAAUAGAAACGUACGAAAAUUUAAGAAACUUAUUUAUUACUUACCUACAUACAUACAUACAUACAUACAUACAUAUAUGUAUGCUUUAUAUACCGCCAACCGACAAAUAACAAAUCUUUCUCGCAUUUACAUACAAACAUACAGCUCUAUACUUAUUAGUUGAAAAGUGUGAAAAUCGUUACCAAUUGUGUUUAGCGCACGCAAAGUAAAGCAAAAAAAAAGUUGAAAAGUAAACUGAAAAUAAGCAUUCUUAACAGCCAAAUAAAUCAACUAAACGGAUAAUCGACAUAGAACUCACACAACCCAACAAACAACGAACGGAAAAGAUAUCCGCAGAGUAUACGAAAACGAUCUGGUGGGUUACAGAUAAAAACAAAAACAACGACUAACGAAGCAUACAAAUAGAACGGUGCAGCGCAGGAAGAAGGCGACACUACAACUACAACUACCAAUAGAUACAUAGAUACAAACGACGACCGCCGACCAAGUCCAAACAUACAUUUAUAUAUAUAUCAAUUCAACUACAUAUAUGCUUGAGUGUCAAAAAAUCGAGAACCGAGCACUGCGAACGGAACGAGGCAAAAAUCUAUUUUUAUUUUUCCGUAAUACCCGAAGUUGGGCGCACAAAAAUUUCUAAACAUCAACGAUAAUUAAAUGCAAAAACAAAUUAAGUGCAUAAAUAAAUUAAUAAAAGCGAAAAAGCGUGCUUGAAAGUAUUUAAAAAGUUUAAGAAAAAUUAUCGAAAAAAGAAUACACAUAUAAACGACGCAUGUGCCUACAUUAGCAACAUCCUAAAAAACUUGAAGCUGAAUUGCAAAACAGAGUAAAAAUAUAAAUAAAAAUAAAAAUACGUAAUAGCGCACAAUUCUCACGCGUGUGGUCACUACAAAAAGUCUAAAUAAUAAUAAUUCAAAACAGCUCAAAUAUAAA